AAGCCCAAUUGCUCCUAUAAAUUUUUUUUUCUAUAAUUUUUUUUUUUUUGUCGUACCUCCUCUGGUUUGUACCCAGAGGAGGUACAACACGUGUGUAUAGGACCACUAAAAAGGAACGGCACUAAACAGAAACAACCGGAAAUGAAGCCAAUAAAUGGGCGUGGCUAUUGCAAGGUCAUUAUAAGUUUAUAUUGUUGUCCAGAUUUACGAUGUCCUCACGCUGUGUUUUCUGCAGCCUUAACCCUUUACCUGCGCUGUUGAUGCUUUAAAGCGUCACAAACAGUGCACUAAACUGCGCGGCACAUAAAUGUCACAAACAGUGCAAUAAAUCGAAAAACCGAUUUAGUAAAGCGUAUGCCCGAUUCAGUAAAUCGGGAGACCAAUAAUUAUAGUGAAGAGCAUUUUCAUGUGUACAUUGAACAUGCAGUUUUUACACGUGUUUUGACACAAAAUUAAUGAGACCAUACACCCGCUAGUACAAUCCAAACAAUUAUUUGAAGGAUGUUAUUAUCGGAAACCGAUUUUAUGGGUUCACAAAAAAAUUAGUGAUAUGCUUGUCUUAAUGAAAGGCAUUCUUUAGGACUACUUGCAGCUAAAGAAGGAGGAGGUGGUUCUCACCAGGCAGACGUUUCAUCAGAAAAACUCUGAGCUCGAGUGUUGUGGUGCAGAGCUUGAACACAAAUGAAUAGUUACGGACGUGUUGUAUAAGGUACAGUGAUGCUCUAAAUUGUAACCAAACAGCUCUCCCUCCUACCUUUCGUGGAGAUGAAAGGGCACGUCAGCUGUAUUACAUGAACGUACCUCUUAUAAAUGUACAUUCCCUUGAAUCCCUACCAAGUUGUACAGGGAAUACUCUUUCAACAUACAUCACUUGCGAAUACGAUGUCAUCCUGGGAGACGGAGAAACUGUUCCUUUUCCUCCUGAUUUGAACAAUUCAAGUUACUUCGAAUAUUUCCUUGCUUGGAAGAGGGACUCUGAAUAUCCUUUCAUAGACUUUGAUCUCAGUGAAAUAACACCAGGGGUGUCUGCAAUUGAGCUUACUUUGUUGAACAGCCCUGCUAACAGAAUCAGCUUGCCAGACAUUGAAUUAUACUGGGUGAAAGGACCUUUGAGUGCUUCAGAAAUUGAGUCAAGUAUUAUAAGUACAAUUCUUGACAACCAAGACCUUGCACAAACUGACAACCAAGUCAGAACUAUUACUAUUAGACUUGAAACAAUGCAAACUGGCUUCAACCUCAGAAUCAGAUUUCAAUUUAAAGACUUUCACAACUUUGAUUGGGUGUUUGUUAGUGAAGUACGAUUUUGUACAGAUCCUCAACCAACCUUCCAACCCAAAGUGAUAUUUCAUUCACCAAAACCCGAUAAUGUUAUUGUUCAUCCCAGUGCAGAUGACCUGAGCAGAGGAUCAAAAGAGUUACGGUGUACUAUUUCUAGCGAAGGAAUGUACACAUGGCAGUGGAAAAGAAAUGGCUCUGUUAUUACAAGUGAUGGAGACUAUAAGAUCACCACUGGAGACGGAAGUAGAACAACCAAGCUAACUAUUAACAAUUUGAAUUUCAGUGAUACUGGUGAAUACAAAUGUACAGCAACAAUUGUAGAUUUUUCAGAAACGAAACACAGCGCUUCAAAACAGCAUGUUGUUACUUUUCCUGAAUAUGUCACCACUAUUCCAGAUGUCAAAGAAUAUCAACAAGCCGAAAAAGUUACCCUGACCUGUGAACUCCAUGGCUACAUUCAGUCACCAUUCACUCCUCUUGUGUGGCUUGAUAUAGGUGGCAGUCAAAUAACUAUGUCAACAAAAUACAGUAUCACUUCUAAUGACGGACUGAGAACAAAAAUAUAUAAGAACGGCACAGCUACUCCUAGUGUGAUAUUGAACCUCACAAUUCAAGAUAUCUCAGCAGCAGAUACAGGGGAAUACACAUGUCAGGGUGCAAGAACAAAUAGUGUUACUCAACUAACAAUAUUAGAGAGGAAUGCUCCUCUAAGCACAUCACUCCAUCCAUCACCUACCACUGUAUCAUCGAUCACUUUGACAACACUAACGCCAACCAUAAUGUCCUUCUUUUCCACAACCUCUCUCAGUCCUACGUCAAUGACUAAUGGGUUUUCGAACAUUUUCAACGGGCAAAGUCAACUUAUUGCAAUACCGAUUGUCACCAGCAUUGUUAUGGCCUUACUACUUGUGCUCUUAAUGCUAGUUAUUUGUUAUCUGUGGCAAAAGGUGAAGAAGCUAUCAGCAGCAUUAACUGCAAUGCAACAGGGAGUACUGAUCUCCAAUACUGACACAAACCUAGCGUAUCAAUCAGAAAUCAGCUCUAAUGAUGAUUACGAAGUUAUCCAAGAAGAGAGAGCAGCAACACUCACUAGAAAUCGAUCGUACCCUCAUCUUCACUCAUGGAUCACUGAUCCACCACAAAGAGGCUUACUUGAAACAAAUGCUAUGGCUGAAGAUAUUGAAUUAGCGGUGAUUGAGACAACUUAUCUAACACCAUUGAGUUCUAGAAAUCCACUCGCAAAUGAAGAGAUGGACAGUGAAAGCUAUGACGAUGUAAUUCUUCCCCUGAAAACAGACACGAGUGAUGGUCAGUCACUCAGAAGCUCAAUGACGGUGAGUGUUGAUGAAGAGCUAGUAGUUGAAGUGACUAUGGUUUAAAACUUGAGAAAACCAUAAUUUGACAUUUAUAUGCUGCAUUUCUUAUUAUUGUUUGACAAUUAUAAUAAUAGCCGUUUAAAAUAGCAAAUUAGACACAGUUUAGUUUAAAUUUGUUGCGUGCAUUCAUAUAUGUAUCAAUGACAUGUACAUAAACUCUUAUAGCCUCGAUUCCAGGCUGCCAUCGUCCCUGCGGUUUGGAAUCGAGGUUAAUGAGCUCGCAAUUGGAGAGUAAUUAUAUGUUUAAAGCUCUACGUGCAAGCAGCAUUGUGUCUAUAUACUUCUUUAAUCUUGGUUUUGUAUAUAUUACUUAUUUUAUUAUGCUAUGGUGA